AGCAGUUAAUUGAGAUUGAGAAAUGAAAUUUGUAAUCGAUGCCAGGAGUGGGAUCGCUGGUGAAGGGGCCUCGGGCGGUGAAUGUGAUCAUCCAAAGGUUACAGAGAUGUAUGAGCAGCACAACCGGCGCUGUAAUGAGCUUUGGAGACGGAAGCCAUGGAGCUCUGGGUUUGCCCACUUCCCUCAUGGGCCUUGGUGUGGACGCUUACGAGCCUAUUCGGGUCCCUUCUCUGCCUUCUGAUGUCAUCAGCGUCACCGCCGGCCACUACCACUCGCUUGCUGUGACUUCCCAAGGCCAGCUCUGGGCUUGGGGCCGAGACCUUGAAGCCCAGCUCGGCCGUGGUCUCCCUUCUCCCAGAGAUUCAUGGAAUGUACCAAAGAAAGUAGAAGGGUUGGUUCAAGUAAAUGUUUGUGCUGCAUUUGCAUCUGGUGUUGUUUCUGCGGCCAUUGGAGAUGAUGGUUCUUUGUGGGUUUGGGGAAAGUCGAAGCGCGGCCAACUUGGUCUUGGAAAUCAAGUAACGGAGUCUGUGGUGCCUUCCAGAGUUGAAGCACUUGCAGGAGAGAAAAUAAUUAAGGUAUCGUUUGGUUGGGGGCAUGCUCUUGCACUGACUGAGGAUGGAAAGUUGUUUGGUUGGGGUUAUUCAGCUGAUGGUAGGUUAGGAAGCAUUACAGAAUCUUUGGGGACGUCUCUACUGGAAUCACAGGGAGAUUUGAAUAAUAGGGAACUGUCAAGUUCAACACUGGAAGCUGCUGAGAAGCUGGUUUUAGAAGGGAUGGCGAAGGAGAAUAACAUGCCAAUAGUUUGGGAACCUAGUUUAGUGAGAGAACUACAUUCUGUUGAAGUUGUAGACAUUGCAUGUGGUUUUGAUCAUUCAUUAAUUCUUUGUGGUGAUGGAACACUACUAAGCUGUGGGAGCAACGUAUAUGGUCAAUUGGGCAGAGAAAAACAGGAUUUAGGGUUGUUUCCUGUUGACAUAAGCUUCCGUCCCACGUCUAUAGCAUCAGGGCUUGGCCAUUCUUUGGCGAUUUGCCAGGUUCCAUCAUCAAAUGUUAUAGGAGGGGCCGAAGGCAUUGUUACGUGGGGGUGGAAUCAGAGCUCUCAGCUUGGAAGAGGUGGAUCUGAGAAUAUUCCGUUGGUGAUUGAAGGAUUUGAAGGGGAAAUUCCUGUCACAGUGUCAGGAGGGCGUGUGCAUUCCAUAGCUCUCACAUCCAAGGGAGAAGUGUGGGUUUGGGGUUGUGGUAAGAAUGGAAGGCUUGGGUUAGGAAGCUCCUGUGACGAAGCUGAACCAAUAUUGCUCGACUCUGUAGAGGGUUGUCAAGUUUUACAAGCAGUGUCCGGAUUUGAUCAUAAUCUCGUCCUCAUUGCCGAAUGAUGUGUAUGACAGAAUGAUUGUAAUUGCAUCAUUUUUGCGGUUUUGCUUAUGAUUGUCUUUUCUGGCUUAUAUAUUCCAAUGUAUUUGUAAGUUCAUCUGAGCUUCUAUUAGGAUAUGAUUAUUCAGGUCAAAGGGAGAAACAAAAAUAUAGAUUGCUGAAUGCUACAUCUUUAAGUAUAGAUGGAACAUGUGCGACUAAUGUAGAGAUUAACGUUUUAUCUUGUUUUCCUUCGU